AUGCUGCAGAGUGAGAGCUUUGAGACUCGGGAGAAUCGUAAUGUGCUAAUGUAUUUAGAGAAGGAUGCAUCCAGGGUUUUGAUGGAUACGUAUGGAAGUGUUCAGAAUGGGGGCUACCGCUCUACCGUCUAUGGGGACGAGGAUGAGGAUGACUUGUAUGUUAAUUCCAACAAUGGUUACAGCCCUGACUGCAGAGGGAACCAUUUUAGCAAUGGGACAACAAAAAUUGAUUUUGUGCUGAUUUGGGAGGUAAAAAGGAAAAAAACAAAAAAGCAGAAGGCAAGGUGCACAUAUCAGGAAAUGGAAAAAGAAGAGAAGGACACAGCAAAAAUGAAUAUGUCCAACAAAUACGAGAAAUGGAGAAACAAAUUUGUGAAGAAUUUGCGGAAUGCUGGGCUCUUGAUGGAGAAGGCACAGCCCAAUCCCUGCAUGAAUUCGUCUGAUACAAUCCUGAGGAAGCUUGGUAUCCCCAACAUCAUGUCCGAGUAUAUCCCCAACAGGCCAGUGGAUUACUACACCUGUCCCUUCCGCAAAUCGAAGCUGGACAAGUUUUUGGGAAGCAGUAAUCACGAGACAUACUUUACUAACACACAGCGGCAUCGGAUUGUGUAUGAAAUUCUAGCCACAACUCUGUACGGGAAAAGGAAAAGAGCAGAAGUUGGGAUUGAUCGCUUGAUAAAUGAAAGAAUCUUUGCUUCUGCCUUCCCACUCCAUGAGGGUCCAUAUGAAUUACCAGAGUAUGAUGUACCUCCAGAAAAUCUGAAUCCAAGACAAAGUUUGUAUAAGUACUGGGCUCGUUGGUCCAAGUGGUAUAAAUAUCAACCACUUGAUCACAUUCGAGAAUACUUUGGAGAAAAGAUUGCCAUUUACUUUGCUUGGCUGGGUUUUUACACUGCUUGGCUUCUCCCUGCUGCUCUAGUUGGGACGUUUGUCUUCAUCUCUGGACUGAUGUCAAUUAAUACGAACAAGCCAGCAGAAGAGAUUUGUAAUAUCAGCAACCAUUACCUCAUGUGUCCUCUCUGUGACACCUGUAACACGUGGAAUAUUUCAGAGAUCUGUUCCAUGGCUAAACUGGGUUACCUCUUUGACCAUUCUGGCACAGUCUUCUUCAGCAUCUUCAUGUCUUUCUGGGCAGUGACCUUCUUGGAGCACUGGAAGCGGAAGAAUGCCACUCUAGCACAUCACUGGGAUUGCAUGAACUUUGAGGAGGAGGAGGAGCGUCCAAGACCUGAGUUUGCAGCAGUGGCACCAAUGAUGGAACAGAAUCCAGUCACUGGGGUCAAGGAGCCGUAUUUCCCUGAGAAAGAUCGUCUGUCCCGAAUCUUCACAGGAUCAAUGGUUAUUAUAGUUAUGCUGUGCGUAGUGAUGAUUUUCCUGGUGACUGUGAUCAUGUAUCGUGGGAUUAUCAGUGUGAUGAUGUACCACACGGGCAACACUCUUCUAAUGACCCAGGCAGGAAACAUUGCAAACAUCAGCAGCUCCAUGGUAAACCUUAUACUCAUCCUGCUGAUGGGCCAGCUCUACACAUCACUGGCAGAAAAGCUCACCAGAUGGGAGAUGCACCGCACACAGACGCAGUUCGAUGAUGCUUUCAUCUUUAAAGUGUUCGUGUUCCAGUUUGUGAACUUCUAUUCUUCUCCAUUCUACGUGGCAUUUGUCAAAGGCAGGUUUGUGGGUUACCCAGGACAUUAUGGAAAGCUGUUUGGGAUGAGGAAUGAGGAUUGUGGCUCAGGAGGAUGUCUGAUUGAACUUGCUCAGCAACUUUUCAUCAUCAUGGUGGGGAAACAGAUAAUCAGCAACAUUGAGGAGUUCGUCAUUCCGAAACUAAAGGCCUGGUGGCAGAAACGGAAACUGGCCAUUAUCAGGGGCUCCCAAAUCUGUCAGGAGCCCAAGCGAUGGGAGGAUGACAAUGAACUCAUCCCAUGUGAGGGGUUGUUUGAGGAGUAUCUGGAAAUGGUCCUGCAAUUUGGUUUCAUCACUAUCUUUGUGGCUGCCUUUCCACUGGCUCCUCUUUUUGCUUUGCUCAACAACUGGGUGGAGAUUCGACUGGAUGCUCAGAAGUUUGUGUGUGAAUACCGGAGGCCAGUGGCUGAACGUGCUCAGAACAUCGGGGUCUGGUUUAACAUCCUCGAAGCAUUAUCCCACCUCUCAGUCAUUAUUAAUGCUUUCCUGAUUGCUUUCACGUCUGAAUUCCUGCCCUGCCUGCUCUAUCGGUACGAACACAACAUGAAUCUGGAUGGAUACGUGAACUUUACAUUAGCGUAUGCUCCCCACAGUUAUGUGCAAAGCAACCACACCAUGUGCAGGUAUAAAGCAUUCCGUGACCCAGAUGGAAAUCUCACACUGUUCUACUGGAAGCUGCUGGCUAUCCGACUUGGAUUCAUCAUUGCCUUUGAGCAUGUGGUGUUUUUCAUUCUCCGUGUUAUUGACUGGAUGGUACCGGAUAUUCCAGAAUCCCUUGAAGCGAAAAUGAAGCGGGAGCGGUAUCUGGCGAAGCAGGCAUUAGCAGAUAACCAGGAUGUUUAUCUGUCGGAAGUGGUAUAUCCUGCAGCGCAGUAAGCCAACAAGUGGCAGCUUGGCCCCAUCCCGGGGGAAGGAGCUCACUGGCUGAACCGCCUGUUAUACAGCCAGCCAAAGUGUUCCCUCAGUGGUAGGUGAUGCGGGGAUGAAGUCGUAGGAUGAUGGUGUUGAUUCGCUUGGACAAGUCAAUGCUUUUGGUUUGGUGUCUGCUGCAGAUGUGACGUGUUAUACCCUAACCAGCUGCCUGUGCAUGGCUGUGCACCGUCUCUAUUUUACUGACGGAUAAAAGGAUCAGGCUUGACCCCCUCUUCCUCCUUCCCCCCUAAAGAUUGCAAAUACUCCUGUUUCAUCUGCAGAUUGUAUAGUCUGAUUUUACCCUUUCCCUGACACAGCGGCUCUCCCCCUUUACAGUCCUGAAUUUGUUCAGGUUGAGGCUGAUGUGCUGUCCUUUUGUAUUAUCCUUGAUGAGUAAGCGAUGCCACCCCACAACCAAUGAUGACUCCAACUGACCGAACUUUGACUCAGUGACAGCAUUGCCUCAAAUGUGUAACAUUUUUUUGCCAAUACAUCCUUAAACCUUUGAGGCCUGAGCAGAACCAGAAAUGUCUUAGUCAUUGAAUCCCAGGAAGAAUGGAGAUCCUCAAAGACCCAACCCAUGUCAACAAUUACAGUAAAGUGAGCAACCAGGCUGUCUUGGAGCUGGUCAGACACAGUGAGGACACAGCCUUCCAUCCCAACAACAAAAAGACUCCAAUUCAAAACACUCUAAAUCCCACUCUCUAAUUCCCUCUUCUAACAGCCCUGCUCCAGAAUAGACAGAUGUAGACAUUAAAGGUUUUAACACAUUCUUGGACCGUGCACAAGUGCAAGUGAAAGUACUGCCGACUGCUUGAACUGUACUGAGAACAUUUUUGUUCAGCAGUAAGCCUUGCUUGAGUCUUGCUUGGCGGUAUCUACAAGUCGAGCAAGAAAACAGCACAGCUUUGCCCCUCUUGGAAACAUGACAACAGGAAGACCAAACUAUUUAAAUAUAUAUCACUGCUACUUUGCCUUAUUACUGUGCAUCAAUCACAAGCGUAGAAGUGUUGUUCAAUAAAGAAUGUGGACCUAAACAAUGCUGCAUGAUUUGUGUAAUCUGAUCCUGGUCCUCACUGCAUUUUUCUUGGUAGACAUGCAUAUACUUAGUAAUGAUGUGUAAUCUAAAACAUGCCUGUAAAACUUGCUGUUUGUCUCCCACACCUCUACCCUCCAGCUAUUGCAACCUUUCUUGUGUCUCUCUUUAUUUUAUCAAACCUACUACAGUCAGUGCUCAUUUGAACUUACCUCUCUUGUUUCUGCUAUGCUGUAAAUCUUCAGUCUGACAUGCAUUUCCUUCUCCUUUGCUGUGUUGAAAUUGGGACACACUGUACCAUCUUUUAUUUUAUU